GGUUUAAUCGAUUUUAUCUAAAAAUGCAAGAGUGGACAAAUCAACGGUUAGAAAUAGAUCCUUCAAUUCAUCAAAUAUAACCAACCCUCGUUUCGUUCUCUAGGUUCCAUGUUUUUCUGAUUGAAUUGAAACCCAUCUCCAAUUCACGCAAAUUGUAUCGAAAGUUUGCAUCUUGACCAACUGGGUCGUUUCCAAUAUCUUCUUUGAGGAUGGUUUAGCUCUUAGUCUAUGCUAUUUUUAUCUUUUGUUUUUGUAUAAUUUUUUGGAGUUUUUAAAGCUAUGGAAGCUUAUAAAAGAUGGGUUAGACAGAACAAAGAAUAUGUGCACUCUUUAGAAUCUCUGGCCAAUGGAUUGACAUGGCUUCUUCCUGAACGAUUUUCUGAAUCAGAGAUUGGACCAGAAGCAGUGACAACCAUUUUGGGAAUCAUCACAGCUAUCAAUGAACAUGUAAUUGAUACUGCGCCUAACCAAAAUAUUACAGGCUCUGUUGAGCCUAAUUCAUUUCCGUAUCCAUUAUGCUUAUCUGCAAUAAAGGAUGUGGAAACAUUAGUUGAAGUCGUGGCACAACAUUACUAUGGUGAUGAUAAGAAAUGGAAUUUCCUUGCUGUUACCGAAGCAACCAAGGUACUGGUUCGAUUAUCUUUGUUUCGAAAGAGUGGAUAUAAAAUGUUGUUACAUGGAGGGGAGACAUCUAAUGAUGAUGCGAUGCAUUCAAAUGAUUCUUCUACUUCACAACAUCAAAUAGCCGUAAACCCAAAACGGCGCUAUAAUCCUGGAACUAACCCGUGGAAUUUGGAAGGAAGAGCACUGUCUGCUUUAAGUCAAUUUGGAGAAAAAGCAAGGAUGGUGUCAGAACCGGUGUGGUUACGUAGGGUUAAUCACCAACAAGCAAUCAUGGAGUCCACUGCUUCAAGGGUAGUGAAACCUACACUUUCCACCAUAUUGUCGAAAAAGGGUCUUCGUGGAGCUUUGUUUUUGAUUGGAGAAGUUUUAUUCAUUACUAGACCACUUAUUUAUGUUUUAUUCAUUCGAAAAUACGGUAUUCGAUCAUGGACCCCUUGGUUUCUUUCACUGGCUAUGGAUACUAUAUCAAACAUUAUUCUCUCACUUAUUACAACGACAGUGGCCGGUGAAAAUCAGAAAACGAUUCAUAUUUCUGCCCCAGAAAAAGAUGAGGUUAAACGACGGAAGCUGUUAUUCGUACUUUACCUAAUGAGAGAUCCAUUUUUCAGCAAAUAUACAAGGCGAAAACUCGAAAGCACGGAGAAAGUUUUGGAACCUAUACCUGCCAUAGGAUUUCUUACAGCGAAAAUUGUCGAGCUUACGAUUGGAGCUCAAACACGAUACACUUACAUGUCAGGAUCAUGAUACAAAAAUCCAAUAGAAAGACCUUAUUGCCCUCCAUAAUUGAGGGAAGAUAUUCUCACUAUGCUUCCACACUAACUUUUGUUUCCAAUUUUUCAAAUGAUGAAGUGAUAACAAAAGUUGAUACUAUUAUGCUUGAAAAGCAAGAAACAAGCAAGUGUGAGAGACAAUUGUUUGCAAGGAUAGUUCAACUGCCAACAAUUGGAUAUAUAUUGGGAGAUUUUGUUUCACUCUUACACAUUGGAGCUUGGUGGGAUUACAUUUAUGGUUCUGAACAUCAAUUGGAGAGUUACAUUGUGUUUAUUAAAGUUAGAAAAAUGUAUUUUUUUUAGGCUAAAUUCAAAAGGAGACAGAUUUACAUAACUAAAACCAUAUUUAAAGAAAAACAUAAGUUUAUCAUUUAUUGCAUCCUUAAUGUAUGUUCAAUAUGCUUUUUACA